AAACAGGUGCCAUUAAUACAGGUAACGAGUGGAGGACAGAAAAGCUUCUUGAAGAAGACGUUACAGGUGAUCUGCAACCUUUUCCAAUAUUUUAGAGAUUUAGAAAUGGGUCUGUAAUUUUUAGGCUGCGAUGAGUCCAAACUUGUUUUUUUAAGGAUAGGUUCAAUAACUGUAUGUUUGAAAACAGAUGGUACAGAGCCCAGAAAAACUUGCCCUGAUAUUUCUGAUUUUAUUCUCAAAGAAUGCUAGAAAGUUGUUACAGUCAGACCUUGAGUAAAUUGGCAUAAGAGGGGCGUGAGGUGAAACAAUCUGGUUUAUGGUGUCAAACAGGACUUUAGAGUUAUUUUUGUUUGCAGCAAUCAGCUGAGCAAAGUUAGUGACCCUGGAAGUUUUCACUGUCUCAUUCAGAGAUGUUAUCAGUUCUUUAAAGUACAGCCUGUGACUUCCUAAUCUAGUUGACUUCCAACGUAUCUCAGCUCUGCGGCAUGUCCUUCUGAGACUGUAAAUGUUUUUGAUGAAUCCAAGGACUUUUUCUCUUGCUAGAAAAAGUAACCUGUUAACAGGAGCUACUUUAUCUAAGAUACUGCAGCACUGUUUAUCCAUUGCGCGUGAGUGUCUCUCUCUCGUGGAGCUGAUGCAGAGGCAUAAACUAGGCUCCCCGGACGAGCUGGCCCAAGUAGCUGGGGAGAAGGAAGUCUGGGCCUCCCUGCUUAGGCUGCUGCCCCGUUACCUGACUCUGCAUAAGCGGCAGAAAAUGGAUUAAAAAAAAUCUUUGAAAUUUUUUUGUUUGUCCACAAACCAUGUUUACCACGUUAUCACAUCCACACUGUAGCAUUUUUAAAUAUCUGGUCAUUAUUUGACAUCUAUAAACAAUUUCCUUCAAUGCAGUUCUUUCGCACGUUUUGUUUUGCAUAAACAAAUGAGUGUGGGGCAGUAAAUCAACAAAAAGACGCAGAAAGAAUCUAAGUAAACACUGACACUUUUAUUUAAUCUGUGUGUGUGUGUGUAGAAACGCCGAGACAUUCACCAUGCUGCUCCCUGCGCUGCUGCUGCUGUUCCUGGUCUGCAGGACUCAAGCAUCUCAUGUGUAUGGCACCAUGAUGACCUACUACCCAAAGAACAUGGGUGCAGAUGGAUCCAUCUCUGUGAUCCUUCGCUACAAGUUGAACUACCUGACAUGCCCUUAUGUGGACGUGUGGACUUGCAGUGGAAACUGUGGGAAUCAGACACAGAGCUUUUUAUCAGCCCAAGUGGAUGUGAGCAGUGGUGAAUGGUGUCAGAGAGAAGGAAUCAUGACUCAGCUGGUUCCCAACAACUCUCCCCUUCAGCUUGUGAUGUCUACCAACAUUUGGGCAACAAACCUAAAUGGCAUAUCUUCCCGGACAGCUGUGACUUUUGUUGAACUGAGGACCCGAUCUGACACUGGCAAACCCAACACAUCACCACAGACCACCAUCAUCCCAGUUGUGAAAGUUCCUUCAAACUGUCAGACAUACGUUGACCUGUUGGCUUUUGACCCAGAUGGAGAUAAGGUCAGAUGCAGAUAUGGAGACGAUUCCUCAUCGGAGUGUAGCCCAUGCACACCUCCACCUAUCCUCAACCUCAGUUCAUCUUGUACUCUGUCAUUCAGCCCGACCCCCAGCAGUGCUGAAGGUGUAUACGUCAUCCAGCUGGUGAUGGAGGACUUUCCCACACAGAACAUGGUCCUGACUCAAAGUAAUGGUUCACAGGAGGUGAAAACUACCAGCAGCGCUAUCAGCAAGAUACCCGUUCAAUUUGUUUUCAAAGUUCUUCCUGCAGUCCCAUCCUGCUCUGAUGGUCUCUAUCUGCCCAGAUUUCUUCCUCCAACUCCAGAAAACGGGGCUCAGUUCAACGCUGCUGUUAAUCAGAGUCUGGAAAUCACCAUCAGAGCAGAAGCAACUCAGUCUGUGAUCACUGAGCUCCUGUUCAGCGGGCCGUACGACGUUGUCAAAAUCACAUCAGGAUCAGGAAACUUCACCCUGAGAUGGACGCCGUCUGACAUCAGUGAUAAGGAACAUCUUCCCAUCUGUUUCGUCAUCCAGGCAAGUUUUAACAGUUCUGAUUAUCAGUCCGAGCUCCGAUGUGUUGUUGUGGGAGUUGGAACCACUCCUCCUCCAACACCAUUUGGUUUUCAUGGCAUUGUGAAUACCUACACUGUGAAAGACUUUGAUGGAAAUGGAUACCCGGUGAUCAGACGUGUAAAAUUCAGCUUCAGUUCAUGUGAGGCGUUCGACUCGUAUUAUUGUGGUGGAAACUGUAGUAAUAGAGGAGAUAUACAUACGGUUGAGGAAAGCGUUGGUGAAUGGUGUCAGAAAGAAGUCAACAUGAGUUGGUCUCAAACCAGUUUCAAUACAUCUUCUGUAUGGUGGGAGGGUGAGGUCUGGAUACCCAACAUGAAUGGUAUUUCAACAUUUAAAGCUUUUAAUUACUUAGAACUGAGGAACCGCUCUGACAUCGGUAAACCCAACUCAUCUCCACAGACCAGCGUCCUUCCAGCUGUGAGCGUUCCUUCAAACUGCCAGAGAAAUAUCAGCUUGUUGAACUUUGACCCAGAUGGAGAUGAGGUUGAAUGCAGAUGUGCAGUUGGAUCCUUAUCAGAGUGUCUCACUUGCUCACCACCAUCGAUCCUCAGUGUCUCAUCAUCUUGUUUUCUGUCGUUCAGCCCAACUUCCAGCAGUAAUGAAGGUCUAUAUGCAGUCCAGCUGAUGGUGGAGGACUUUCCCAGACAGAUCAUCACUCUGACUGAUUCCGGUGUACAGACCAUCACUCUGACUGAUUCUGGUGUUUUGCCAGUGCUGAAAACUCCCAGUGACCCCAUCAGCAGGUCCCCCUUGCAGUUUGCUUUAAAUGUUCUUCCUGCAGUACCAUCGUGCUCUGAAGGUCUCUAUCUGCCCAGAUUUAUGCCUCCAACUCCAGCAAACGGACUUCAGAUCUAUGCUAUUGCUAAUGAGCAGCUGGCGAUCAUCAUCAGAGCAGAGGCAACUCAGUCUGUGAUCACUCAGCUCCUGGUCAGCGGGCCGUUCACUAUGGUCAAGAGUUCAUCCGGAUCAGGAAACGUCACCCUCACAUGGACGCCAUCUAAUAGUGAAAAUGAUGAAAGUCACCCCGUCUGUUUCGUCUUUGAGGCGAGUUACUCUGGUUCUGUGUAUCAGUCUGAGCAUCGAUGUGUGGUUGUGACGGUCAUCCCAUUUGGUUUUCAUGGCAUUGUGAAUACCUACACUGUGAAAGACUUCGAUGGAAAUGGAUACCCGGUGAUCAGACGUGUAAAAUUCAGCUUCAGUUCAUGUGAGGCGUUCGACUCGUAUUAUUGUGGUGGAAACUGUAGUAAUAGAGGAGAUAUACAUACGGUUGAGGAAAGCGUUGGUGAAUGGUGUCAGAAAGAAGUCAACAUGAGUUGGUCUCAAACCAGUUUCAAUACAUCUUCUGGAUGGUGGGAAGGCAAAAUCUGGAUACCAAACCUGAAUGGUAUUUUAACAUUUCAAGCUUUCAAUUACUUAGAACUGAGAAACCGCUCUGACAUUGGUAAACCCAACUCAUCUCCACAGACCAACGUCCUCCCAGCUGUGAGCGUUCCUUCAAACUGUCAAAGAAAAAUAAGCUUGUUGAACUUUGACCCUGAUGGAGACGAGGUUCGAUGCAGGUAUGCAGAUGGAUCCAUGUCAGAGUGUCUCACCUGCUCACCACCAUUCGUCCUCAAUAUCUCAUCAUCUUGUAAUCUGUCAUUUAGCCCAACUUCCAGCAGUAAUGAAGGUCCAUAUGCAGUCCAGCUGAUGGUGGAGGACUUUCCCAGACAGAUCAUCACUCUGAAUGAUUCUAGCGGUGCACAGGUGGUGAAAACUCCCAGUGACUCUAUUAGCAGUUCACCCCUGCAGUUUGCUUUGAACGUUCUUCCUGCAGUACCAUCUUGCUCUGAAGGUCUCUAUCUGCCAAGAUUUUUGCCUCCAACUCCUCAAAACGGACUUCGGAUCUAUGUUAUUGUUAAUCACCUGCUGCAAAUCACCAUCAGAACAGCGGCAACUAAGUCUGUGAUCACCAAGCUCCUGGUCAGCGGGCCAUACAAUAUGGUCAAGAGUACAUCAGGAUUGGGAAGCUUCACCUUGACAUGGACGCCAUCUGAGAGUGAAAACUACGAAAAUUACCCCAUCUGUUUUGUCUCUGAGGCGAGUUACUCUGGUUCUGUGUAUCAAUCUGAGCAUCGAUGUGUUCUUGUGACGGUCAUCCCAUAUCAUGUUUUGUAUCUGAAAAUGAAGAUCUCUACUACAAUGUCUGUGGUGAAAAACAAGGAGAUAAUUGAGAAAGCUGUCAAAAGUGAAAUGGUGAGACAAGGAAUGCCAUCAGUCAUAAAUGUUCACCUCUCGGGUGGUGAUUUAGUGGAACUGAGUACAAUUGCACCCCCUAAUGCCUGAUUAUGAAAAUGUAAAUCAUACUUGCAGAACGUCAGGUUUCUUUAAAGUGGACAAAGAAUCUAAACCAGCAUUUUCUUGUUUGUGAAUAAAGACAGCCUGGGUGGUCAAAAGUGCCACGCCAAAAAGUCAAAGCUGUGUGUGACCUACUUUUUAUGUAAAUUAGAAAAUUUAAAAAUGCCAGAGAAAAGCUUCUUUUCUGAGAAACCUCUUAUUAAAACGUCAUAACGUGGAGCCCUUCCUCCUCCAAUCUGCAGUCUCCAGUGUCUGAGGCCUUCUGGUUUAAACCAACCAAUCAGCAAGCAGCUCAUUAGCACGCUCAUGUCCUGGCCAAGUGGGAGGGGGUAAACAGCUCUUUUCACGGCCAGGCUGAUUUAGGGAGUUUAUAAUGGCCUGUAUCAGGGCUCCUAGGACAGAUGAAAGCCAAUAGAACAUUUCUUAUGCUUCUUAGAAAUUCAAAGCACUGUUUUAGAUUGCUGAUAAACUGCAUUCUUUGUCCCUUUUAAGUUUGAUUCAGAUUGUUGUUUUUAACCAUCAUUUCUAUAAUUUAUUCUCAUGCUCUUGUAUAUGUUCAUGUAUAUAUAUGUUUAAGGCUUUGCUAAUGUCCAAAUAAUAUUAUUUGGUUAUUAUAAAGGUAAGGUAAUGAUGCGUGUUGAGAUGUAUUGUAGUUUAUUAGGAUUCUAAUUUCUGUUUAAUGUAUGUAUGUAUAAGAUACAGACACUGAUAUUUACUAUACCACGAGAUUAACCUUCCUGCUAGAAAUACUGCACGAUAGGAAAUACUACAUUGAAAUAUCAUCAAUAUACAGGUGCUGAUUGUAAAAUUAGAAAAUCGUGAAAAAUGUGAUUUAUUUCAGUAAUUCCACUCAAAAACUGACACUUAGUUAUUAUAUAUAUUCAUUCAUUACACGCAGACUGAUUAUUUCUUUAAUUUUGAUGAUUAUAAUUUACAACUAAUAAAAAUCCCAAAUUCAGUAUCUCAGAAUAUUAGAAUAUUGUGUUAAGGUUCAAUAAUGAAGACCCCUGGUGCCACACUCUAAUCAGCAAAUUAACUUAAAACACCUGUAAAAGCCUUUAAAUGGUCUCUCAGUCUAGUUCUGUAGGAUACACAAUCAUGGAGAAGACUGAUGACUUGAUAGUUGUCCAAAAGAUGACCAGUGAGACAUUGCACAAGGAGGGCAAGACACAGAAGGUCGUUGCUAAAGAGGCUGGCUAUUCAGAGCUCUGUGUUCAAGCACAUUAAGAGAGGUGAAGGGAAGGAUGAGAUGUGGUAGAAAACGUACAAGGAUUAAGGAUAACUGCACCCUGGAGAGGAUUGUGAAACAAAACUCGUUCAGAAAUGUGGGGGAGAGUCACAAAAAGUGGACUGCAGUUUGAGUCAGUGCUUCAAGAACCACCACCACAGAUGUUUGCAAGACAUGGUUUCAGCUGUCGAACUCCUUGAACAACAGACUGCAUUAGAAGUGUCUCGCCUGGGCUAAAGACAAAAAGGACUGGACUGCUGCUGAGUUGUCCAAAGUUAUGUUCUCUGAUGAAAGUCAAUUUUGAAUUUCCUUUGGAAAUGAAGGUUCCAGAGUCUGGAGGAAGAGAGGAGAGGCGCAGAAUCCAUGUUGCUUGAGGUCCAGUGUAAAGUUUCUAGUCAUUGAUGUUUUGGGGUGUCAUGUCAUCUGCUGGUGUUGGUCCAUUGUGUUUUCUGAGGUCCAAGGUCAACACAGCCAUCUACCAGGAAGUUUUAGAGCACUUUAUGAUUCCUGUUGCUGACCAACUUUAUGGAGAUGCAAAUUUGAUUUUCCAGCAGGAUUUGGCACCUGCACAAAGUGUGAAAGCUACCACUGCCUGGUUUCAGGACCAUGAUAUCCCUUAACUUGAAUAGCCAACAAACUCAUCUGACCUUAACCACAUAGAAAUUCUAUGGGCUAUUGUGAAGAGGAAGGUGCAAUACACCAGACCCAAUAAUUCAGAAGAGCUGAAGGCCCAUAUCAGAAACAUGGGCUCUCAUAACACCUGAGCUGUGCCACAGACUGAUCGACUUCAUGCCACGCCACGUUCCUGCAUUAAUCCAGGCCAAAGAAGCCCCAACCAACUAAAUACUGAGUACUGUACAUGCUCAUACUCUUCAUGUUCACACUCUUCAGUUGGCCAACAUUUCUAAAAUUCCUUCUUUUGCAAUAGUCUUAAAUGUUAUUCUAACUUUAUGAGAUACAUAAUUUGGGAUUCUCAUCAAUUGUCAGUUAUUAUCGUCAAUGUUAAUUAACCUUUGGGAUAUAUUAGUCUGUGUGUAAUGAAUGAAUCUAAUAUCCAAGUUUCAAUUUUUAAAUGGAUUUACUGAAAUAAAUCUACUUUUUCAUGAUAUUCUAAUUGUAUGACCAGCACCUGUGUUUUAUUUGUUCAUAUAAAAUAUGUUUUUUGUCCAAUAUUUUAUUAUAUUAAACCAAGCGUAUCAAAUUAUGCAAUCAUGCAACAAUUUCUUCCUGUGUUAAAAAUGUUGUCCAUUGUCUUUGACUUGAUUUUCUCCUUUCUGGUUGAUCACAAAGACAUUUUUUUAAGCUAACAUACUGAUAUAUGUGAAUUUCAUCUAGAAGCGUUUCAGAUUGCUCAACUGUUUCAAAAAGAAUACUUUAUUCUUUUUUAUUUCUGUUUAGAUCUUUAAAACAUUAAAUCAACAUGAUGUUGCCCUCAUGUGGGUCACUUUAGGGCUGUCUACUGCUCACACUGGAGUCUGAUGGUAGGCAAUGUUAUUAUAUGUAAAACAUCUUCAUUAAAAAAGAGACUUUUUGAACAUUGUUGUUUUUUUUUUUUUACACAACACCUCCUUUAGACGCAUUUUUCAAAAAUGUAGUGUGGGUAGAAUGAGACUUGUGGUGGGGUGACUCGCUCUUUAAAUACGUGGACUUUAAUUUUGUAGCACUUUGAAAGGUUUAAAACCACAAAGUGCUUAAAAAAUAACAAAUAGUACAAGCAUUCACUAAAUGCAGGAAAAAAUGAAGGGUGUAGAAGCUAAAUAAAACUGAUAAAAACAAAAAACAUACAGCCCAGUUAAGUGCAAGUCAAAUUAAAUAAAGGUAGAUUUCUGUAUUAUAAAAUACAUGUACCAAUUUCUUAUCAUAUUUAUGUACAUCAGCCAAUUCCAAACUACUUCAAUUAUUAUUAUUUGUUUUCACUGAAAUAGGGAGAGUUGGCUGGGGAGAGGGAAGUCUGGGCCUCUCUGCCUCCAUGACCCGACCCUGGAUAAACUGACGAGGUGGGAGAGAUGGAUGGAUGUUUAUUUAACACCUCACUACAAUUCUGUUAUGUCCCAGCCUGUUUAAGGGCUUCUACCAUCAGGCCUAUCACAUAAAGGCCUAAAAUCUCAGAACUCAACUGAUACAGACCUGGGGUCUCAUUUAUCAAACAAUGCAUAGAAUCCUUACUAAAACCAUACUUAAGCUCAGCAAAACAAAUGUACUUACGCCAAGUAGGUUUGUGAUCUAUCAAACAUGGAGUAUGCUCAGCUGCACGCAAUCACGAGAAAGUUUCUCAGCUGCAUUUUAGUCACAUCCCACCCUCACCACGCCCACUUACUGCCAUAAAUAGUCAAUGCAAAGUGCCUUGUGGAUCUUAUGCAUAUACUUAAGCCGGUUGUUGCAGCACUCCGCCAAUGACGAUGGCAACCGUAGAUCAAGGCAGAUCAACGAAGCUCAAUUUCACAGAAGCAGAGAAUUGAAAGGAAGUACUUUUGCAAAACAAAUAAGAGAAAAUCCACAGAGUGACACAGCAUUGCUGAAGCAGUCAAUGUUGUGAGCUCUUCAGAGAGAUCUGUGGCGGAUAUAAAAAAAAAUGGUCCAAGCUGGAUUUGAUCCCCAGACUCCCAAGUGAAAGUCACACACACUAACCAGUCAGCCAAACAGGGAUCUCUCCUGUUCAAGUAGCCAGGGCGUAUGAUCAAAUGGGUCACAGUGACAGGACACACUGUCACAGACGCGUGACAUUCUGUCUCAAUCUGUCCCCUUGCUGAUAUUCUGCAUUCCGUAUUCUGCGCUUCAGGCUGUGUGUGUGUGUGUGUGUGUGUGUGUGUGUGUGUGUGUGUGUGU